GUGCGCGCUUCAUGGGUGCUUUCGUCACGGAAGUCACGUUGCUUCGCCGGCCGGCCGGGCGUGGUUAAAUAGAGGAUGUGCGCCGCAGACCGGCAGAUUAACCCAGCGAGCUAUGAGGACAAAGUGAACGAAGCUUCGGCUCCGACUACUAUCCGGCUGUUUUUCAGCGUUCUAUAGCCAAACUUCGGAAUUUAAGCAACUCGCAUUCGUCGUAGCUGUGUGCUUUUGAUUCAGCCUCCAAAGGAAUGCCAAGAGAGCUCACCCAGAACAGGAUCCAAAAGAUCUGGGUUCCCACCAAGGAUGACAAACGAAGAGGCACUGGCGCCCCUCACUUCGCCAACCCUCCAACCGUUAUUGUGAUGGUGGGACUCCCUGCUCGAGGGAAGACUUACAUUUCCAAGAAGCUCACCCGCUACCUCAACUGGAUCGGCAUUCCCACCAAAGUCUUCAACGUCGGAGAAUACCGCAGGGAGGCUGUCAAAAAUUACAGCUCCUAUGACUUCUUCAAGCCUGAUAACGAGUCUGCUGUGAAGAUCAGGCAGCAGUGUGCCUUAGCAGCCUUGAGAGAUGUCAAGUCCUACUUGAAGGAUGAAGGCGGCCAAGUGGCAGUGUUUGAUGCCACCAACACGACAAGAGAUCGAAGGGAUCUGAUCUUGAAGUUUGGCAAUGAGAACGACUUUAAGAUCUUCUUCAUUGAGUCUGUAUGUGAAGACCCUAGUGUCAUUGCAUCAAACAUCAUGGAGGUGAAAGUGUCCUGUCCAGACUACAAGGACUGCAACAAGACCGAAGCCAUGUUGGAUUUCCAAAAACGCAUUGAAUGCUAUAGGACCAGUUACCAGCCUCUGGAUCCAGAUCAGUAUGACAGGGAUCACUCCUUCAUCAAGGUGAUAGACGUUGGUCGCCGUUUUCUUGUCAACCGGAUCCAGGAUCACAUUCAGAGUAAAAUCGUUUACUACUUGAUGAAUAUCCACGUCCAGCCGCGCACCAUCUACCUGUGUCGCCAUGGGGAGAGCACAGACAACCUGGAAGGACGACUGGGCGGCGACUCUGGCCUCUCACAGCGGGGCCAACAGUUUUCUGCUGCCCUGGCUCGGUUCGUUGAGGAGCAGCAGCUAAAGGACCUGAAAGUGUGGACCAGCCAGCUGUGCCGCAGCAUCCAGACAGCCGAGCAUCUAGGAGUCCCAUACGAGCAGUGGAAGGCACUGAAUGAGAUCGAUGCUGGCAUGUGUGAGGAGAUGACUUAUGAUGAAGUGAAGGAGAAAUUCCCAGAAGAGUUUGCACUGAGAGAUGAAGACAAAUACUACUACCGCUAUCCAGCGGGAGAGUCCUACCAGGACCUGGUCCAGCGGGUUGAGCCUGUGAUCAUGGAGCUGGAGAGGCAGGAGAACGUCCUGGUGAUCUGCCAUCAGGCUGUAAUGCGCUGUCUACUUGCUUACUUUCUGGAUAAGAGUGCUGAUGAGAUGCCCUACUUGAGGUGUCCCCUCCACACAGUCCUAAAACUGACCCCGGUCGCCUAUGGUUGCAAAGUGGAGUCAAUCUGUCUAAAUGUGGAGGCGGUGAACACCCACAGAGACCGACCAGAGGAGGUGAAGAGGGGUCCUGGAACCCUGAUUAGGAGGAACAGCGUGACUCCCCUGACCAGCCCAGAGUCUCACAUCAAGAAACCUCGCAUCGAGGACCUUGACGAGGCUCCAAUCCAGGAGCUGCCCAACUCUGUAGCAUCUCUGGCCCUCAGCACUUCCUCGCACAUUCCCCUUGCUCUGGCCGGAGAGCACUGGCUGGGCAAAGUUUGCCUACGCACAAUCCUCCACUAUCUGAAGGUGAUAUUCCAUCUUAGUUUUCAAAGAACCUGAGAAGCUCAUCAGUUUGCCAUGACAUACUGCAGCCCUGCUAGUGAACAGAGUGGAUUGCUGGGACGCAGAGACAUCGAACUGAGAACCCAAAUCACUUUUGCCAGCUAGUGAGAACUUCUGCUGUACCUUUAUCACUUCAGCUAGAUUUUUUUUUUUUUUUUUAUAUUCCCCAAUUUAAUUU